CAAAGGAAAGAGGAAUGUCACGAGCUCCUGUGAGAGUACAGGCAGAGCAAGACAACAGCAGCAGUAUUGUGAAAGGAGACCACCAGGAAUCGUCAUCAUCAUCAAGCAGCACACAACAGUUGAGAAAUGCCUCUCCAGCGCUGGCUGCUGACAUCCCGCCAGCCUUCUUUAAAUAAAUAAACCGUCAGGACCGCGGGGGUGAACCGACAUGGCUAGUGGGAGCCGGGCUGCGACGGUCGGGGACGGCGCAGCCAAUUUCACAGCAGCCCACCUCUGGCUGGAUCUCCUGAACGCCUCGAGCCCGCCGACCCGGUGGGACAGCAGCCCGCCUGCGGAGGGGACCGGGCUGGACGAGCAGCAGCGCCUCAUCCGAGAGCAAGCCUACCGGGACUUCACCACCACCGUUCAGGUUUUCAUCCUCAUAGGUUCGCUGCUCGGAAACGCCACAGUGUUGUGGUGCACCUGCUGCACGAACGUCUUUAAAUCCGUGACCAAUCGCUUCAUCAAGAACCUGGCGUGCUCGGGCAUCUGCGCUGGCCUGGUGUGCGUCCCCUUCGACGUGGCGCUGGGAGCCAGCCCUCGCUGCUGCUGGUGGCUUCACACUCUGCUGCUCUGCAAAGCCAUCAAGUUCCUCCACAAACUCUUCUGCUCCGUCACCGUGCUCAGCUUUAGCGCCAUCGCACUCGACAGGUACUACUCUGUGCUGUAUCCACUUGAGAGGAAGAUCUCAGAUGCAAGAUCCAGAGAUCUGGUCAUCUAUAUCUGGGUCCAUGCGGUGGUGGCGAGCCUCCCCGUGUUUGCUGUGACCAACGUGACGGACGUCUAUGUCACCUCAUCCUGCUCAGACGAUCACACCCGCUCCCUGGGCCACAUGGUGUAUGUGUUGAUCUACAACGUCACCACGGUGAUCCUCCCCCUGGCCCUGGUCUUCCUCUUCAUGCUGCUGAUCCGCAGAGCGCUCAGUGCCAGCCAGAAGAAGAAGGUGAUCAUCGCAGCGCUGAGGACUCCGCAGAACAGCAUCUCUAUCCCGUACGUGUCCCAGAGAGAGGCUGAGCUGCACGCCACCCUGCUGGCUGUGGUACUGGCUUUCUCUGCCUGCAGCGCCCCCUAUGGGGCCUUGGUGGUUUAUCGCACCAUUUUGGCAGACAUCAAGGAACUGCCCAUCUCGCUGUACCUCACAGCCCUCUGGCUCCCCAAGGUGUCUCUGCUCACCAACCCACUCUUGUUUCUGACUGUUAACCGCUCGGCACGUCACAGCUGGCUGGACCUGCUGGCCAGGAUUCACAGACGCUACAGCCGCCGCAAUGUGGUCAGCACUGGGGGUCUGGCCUCUUUAGGAGCAGAGGGCGUGAUCGGGGAGCCGGUGGGACUGGAGACAGCCGGCCGCUCCGGGAGUCAGCUUCUGGAGAUGUUCAACAUUGGCCAGCAGCAGAUCUUCAGACCCUCUGAGGAGGAGGAGGAAGAGGAAGAUGUGGAGAAUGAGAUCCUCUCUCAGGGAUCAGGAACCUGCUCCAGACCAAAAGAGGACCUCAAGGGCAGGUCGAGACUAGGGAGCCUCAGAGGGGAGGUGAUCACCAAGAAGGACCCUCUGCAGGGCACAGGGGAAGGUUUGGUCAUCACCAAAGAGAGCCCUCCUGCAAUCGUAGCGCCCCGGGCCUCUCCCGUCCACACAUGUGCAUACGCCUCCUCAUCACAGGUGGCGCCAGCUACGCCUACAGAAGCCGAGGACUCUACACAGUUUGGUUUUGGACCAUUUGAGCUGCCGCCUCAGUGGUUACCCGAGACCAGGAACAGCAAGAAGAGGCUGCUGCCUCCGCUUGGUAACACACCUGAGGAGCUGAUCCAGACCAAACUGCCCAGACCACGGCCUGAACGGAGAAUCAGCAGAAACAAUAAGGUCAGCACCAUUCCCACUGUGAACCAGUGAAGCAUUCCUGGCUGGCCUCAGAUCUGCCAACACCGAACACAGCUCAUUACAGGUUAGGCCUUAUGGGUCAACCAGGCCUUGGCAGGAUAUUGACGUAUCAAGCUGCUCGGUGAGAUGCUCGGUUUCUUUCGGGGUAAUUUAAACCUUUUGACUUCAUUCUUCUCAGAUGCAGUAGCAGCCAUUGUAGAAGUCCAGGUUUUCCACUUUACUGCACAAAAGCUAGACGCCUGAGGCACAGCAGCUUUCUUAUUGGACGAAAAUCAAUUUCAUAUCAAAUAUUCACCACGCUGUGACUCUGCUCAGUCCAACUUCACCACCACUGGAACAGAACCAAUUCCAUAAUAGGACUCCAUUCUACAAUGACUACAUGACUGAGAGGGCAGAUACCUUUUUGAAUCUCCCGUCUUUGAUUAGAGCUGGCUUCAGUAGUUAAAUGAACACACUGUACAAACCCAAUUAUCCUGAGAGAUGCACUGAUACUGGAAGAUAUAUUUCCAUAGCAAAUAAUCAAGUGAGGAUAUUGAACCUCCUAAGAAAACAUUUUGUAAAAUGGUUAUGCUGUAAUUGCAUUCUGUAAAUGUUCAGACCUGUUUGACAAGUUUUACUCGCCCUUUGCUGGCCUUUGUUUUUCUCAAGUCCCACUUUUGGAAUAUUUCUUUAAAUGUGGUAGAUGUUGUUGUCCUUUGUAUUUUAAAUGUAAGUGGAUUUGAUAAGAUGAAAAAUGCAGAUGUACAAGACAGUAUGCAAAUAUGUGUUAUAAAAAUGUGACAUUUUCAGAGUUUAAAUGUGUGUGUUAACUUGUUUUCUAGAACCCAAAUUGCAACAAAGAGACAGAAAAAUGGAAGAAUAUUACUGGUAUGAGAAGAAAAUCAUCCAGGUUGGGGAUCUUUUAGCCCCUUUUGAUCAAUUUUAUUGAUUUCUCCCAGGUUUCCUGAAAAUCAAUUUGCUGGUUCAUUCUAAAUAAAGCAAAUAAGAGUAGAGAUGCAAGUGCACAUUUUAUAUGGUCACAAGCUCUGUGAAAUUAUUUUCAGUUUCAGAUUUCUAUGACACU